GGCUCGCCGAGCGCCCACAACUCCAACUGGGUUACCACACACCGCGACAAGGCAACACCGGAAGCACCGUUAUUGUCACAGUCAACGGGGAGCGUCUUCCUUGUUUGUCAAGGGAAAGGCUGUAUCGAGAGAAUGUGCGACUACUCGAACUUGCCACGAGGAGAUCGAAGGAUAACGGAUCGUUCCAAGACGAAGUUAGGAUAUAGAAACACGAUGGUGAUAGAGGUCCACAAGGGAGCAAAUACCCAAGUGCAGGAAUUGGAUAAGCUUGGGCAGCAAUCCCAGAGGGAAGGAACGGACAACGAGGACACGAUGAACCAGGCGCAAAAUGCGGAUUGGAGGCGAGUGACCGGUGUAGCUUCGACACAAUACGGACUUUAUCGUCAAGAGUCGUAUCGACGGAACGUUGUUCUUCAAGAAGAAGGAGUCACCCUCCUGCAGCGCGUGGGCCCUCAAUGCUAUGAUCGAAUGUGGGAAGUGAGGAGAGAGGUCAACGAAGGGCUGGCACUCUAUAAGCGAAUACAAGAAAGCGAUGCAAAGGUGCACGAGACAGUAAGGAGGCCUAGGGUGUUUCGUUUCGGGAUUUGGAAUGCGCAAGGACAGAGAACUGCAACCAUUAGCCAGGACACCCGGCAAGAAAAUAGCUCCACCGAGGCGAAAGAAGCAGUCAUGGACUUUCAGAUAUGGUUGAAGGCGUACUUGGAGAAGUGGACAAUCCCUCUGGUGAAAAAGCAAAAGUACAAUGUCACCAGCGACAUUCGUGCGGCCUUUUCCGGUGGUCAGAGGCAUCUCGAUUGGCUCAAGUAUCAGCAUGGGGUGGCCGAAUACAUCUGCAGCGAGUUGCAUUCAGCUUCUUCGGUGUUUAUGGACUACACCACUGAAGAUUACCGGGACGUUGGUGAUGCGGAUUACAGCAUCCUUCUCAACUUUGGCAGUCCGUGUCUCUUGCGCCUUAUUGACUACAAGCUAGACGUGUCGGUGAACCCUUUCGAUACAGUAUUCCUGCUUACAAACAAGGUCACGUAUUCAACACAUUGUCAUCCAGGGGUUGAAGGUGGUCUGGAGAGAUUUGCGAUCAGCUGCUCUAGGCGGAAACAGCUCCAGAACGAGGUCGCUCAGGAACCACAGGCCGCCAAAGAGGAGAUCACACGUCGAGCGUUGGAGGCCAUAGAGCGAAGGUCCGGGACAAGAAGAGUUGAGGAUGGCAGCAACAGCAAUAACGAGGAAAGCAAGGAGGCCAAGAGCGAGUCGCCGUCGAUGAGCGAGGACGAGGAGGACCAGAAAGGAAAGAAAAGGCAGCGUGGUUUGCAGGUCAAGAGGCUGCCGUGAUAGUUGAGCCGGGUCAAAUUGACCAACAGAACCCUCUCG